AUUUUAAUUUCCAGCAUCUCUAUAGUUUCAUCAAUGAGUCUGCUUUCCAAAGCGUAUUCGAAACUAUUUGUAAAGAAUGUAAACGAUGUUAUAGUCAAGAAGAACACGACCGCACUGAAAUGGGCAAGUCAGUAUUCCAUAUACGUUCUGAACACUUUGACAAAUCAAGGAGGUAGUGUUGCUGUUGUUCAACUCUCAUUUCGGGUUCUCGUUGGGGCGUGGUUGUUGAUCGUCACAGUUUUAGUCAACAGUUAUUCCGGCACCGUCAUUUCGUAUCUUACCGUUCCCAAGAUGAAACCGCCCAUCAACACGUUUGAAGAUUUAGCCGCUAGUAAAGAAGUUGAACUGAUUUUACUAGCGGAAACCGUCAUCGAACAGCAGAUACGAGUAAGGGAUCGGUCAAAUAGUAACGAUUUCUUUAAUAUCAUAAUAUGUGUGCGUUGUUUGUGUCUAUUUCGAAAGGAUGCCAAAACGGGUGUUAUGAAGAUUCUAGGCGACCAAGUCCGCAACAAUCCGGAUCGAAUUUUAAACAGCGUACCAAAAGUUAACAGUCAAAUUGCAACUGGACGUUAUGCCUUUCCAUUUCUUCAAACAUUUUCCAACAAUUACGUCGCCAGCGACUUUAAGAAAACGGGAAAAUGUCGGUUCAAAACCACGGAUCCACUCACAAUGGCCAGAUUUUGGUCGUUGCCUUUGCAAAAGAACAGUAAAUUUACGCCGAUGCUGAACCAUGCACUGAUGGAAGUUUGGGAGACGGGAUUGCCUUCAUACUGGGUGAAAAAUGCUAUGCCACCAGCGCAAAAGUGUUUCGCUCAAUCAAAGCCUCUGACAUCGUCCCGGCAAAUUCCAAUUCGAUUAAACGACCUGGAGGGCGCCUUCCUGAUUUUAGGCAUCGGCUUCGGUCUAGCAACGUUUAUCUUUUUAGUAGAGAAGAUCUUUCAUCAGAUCAGUUUAUAUAGCGGGAAGUCGAAGAAUUGUGAAGAAUUGGCAAAUUCAGGAAACGCCCAUAAUCAUUAAACAAAAUAAUCUUUCAGUUCGAUCCUUGAGCGACAAAUGCGCAUAAGGAAUGAUGAACUAAUUGUCUAACAGAAAAUAUGUCCAUUAAUACCUAUUUACGGAAAGUAACCUAAAUUUUAUGCAUCUCAGUUACACUUGAUUACAUGUAAA